CCCCCCCUUCCUCAGCCCAAUCAGGGCGGGUUGGACGAAUUCAAACCCAGCCCCGCAAGCACCGGCGGCGGCUCCGCUGCCUUGCCCGUAGCCGGCGGAGGAUGCGCCGCUAAGGAGCCGCUAACGGGGGCCGCUUCGGAUGGGCUCGGAGAGCUGCGGGGUGGCUACGGCCCCAUCCUGCCCACCCGGAGAGCAGGAAGUUGGACCCUGGAGAUCCCUGCUCAGUGAUGUGGCUGGACACAGCCUUCUCCUCCUCCUGCUGGAACAGUGAUGCUGCUGUGCCCACGCAGCUGCAGUGAGGACCUCUCUGCCCACCUAAAGCCCAAGCCGGAGCCCGUCGGGGCGGCGCUGGCAGCCAUGGAGUGAGCGGCGCCGGCGGAGCGCAGGGGCCACGCAGCGGGCAGCAUCCCCUGCCCACCCUCAGCGGCGCUCCUCGCCUCUGCCAUGAAUGAUGCAUCGACCAUGGAGUAUGAACUCCUCUCCCCAUCGCUGGUGGAGCACCCGGCGGGCUCGGCGGGCAUGGAUGCCGAGCAGAAAACAGUCUUUGCCUUCGUCAUCUUCCUCCUGGUCUUCCUGGUGAUGCUGAUGGUUCGCUGCUUCCGCAUCCUGCUGGACCCCUACAGCCGCAUGCCUGCCUCCUCCUGGACUGACCACAAGGAGGGCUUGGAGAGAGGCCAGUUUGACUACGCAUUGGUGUAGACCCCCCCCCUCCCCACUGUCGAGGGCCACGGGGGAAGGGAGGGGGCUCUCUGUGCCCCCCAGCCCUUUUUUCCCUCCCCCUCCCUCUCCUUACAUCCUUUCCCCCCUCCUCUGUGUUGUUUGCCCCAGCCCAGCAGGGAUGCUCUGGGCAGGGAGGUGAGGGCAGAGUUCUUCUUCUCCGGGGUUGGUUGGGGUUUGGGUUGUGUUGGGUUAUUUUUUUGGGGGGGGGGUUGUUUUCUAGGGGUUUCUUCUCUUUUCUAAGCACUUUUCAGUUCUGGGGGGACUCUUGGAGCGAUGUUCUGGGGUUGGGGGGUUGGGGGGGGGAGGGUUGAUGUGUGCUGGUGUGGUCCCUGCUGCCCACCGUGCCCCUAUGCCACAGCGAGGGGUGGGAGGUGAUAGGGCAGGGGCAUGGCUGGACCUGCCCUCAGCCACAGCCCGUGGGGUUUCUGCUGCUCUGGGUGGCUUUGCCUGGUGCCAGGACAGAGCUUUGACCCCCCCCACCUCCUCCUGCCUCCCACCUUUCCCCAUCCCCCCCCCAUCCCCCUCACCCGUGGCCUCCCGGGAGCGCUGCCGUGGUCCAGUGUGUGUGUGUGUGUGUGUGUGUCCCUGUAGCUGAGCUGUGUCUGUCAGGGGGGUUUGUAGGCACCAGACCCAAGUGCUGGCUUUGUUCUUCUCUGUGUGGCAGCCCCAAGUGAGAGGGAGAUGGAGACACCCUCCCCUCACACAACACUCCCCCACCCCCACCUCCAUUCCCAGCCCCCUUUUGGCUCCCAGCCCUGCAGCCUGCUCUCUGCUUCACACUCUGGUGCCCUGUCCCUGCCCAGCUGGUGCAAAGGAUCUGAGCAAGGUGCACUCAGGAGGCUACCUGCACACCUGCCUGGGUGGCCCUGGAGGGAUCAAAGGUCCAACAGGACACAUGGGAGAUGUUCUUCAGCCAGCCCAAGCCUGGCAACCUCCCACCAGUAUCCCAUUCUGGCCAGUCCCUGCUCCAGCAGGAUCUGGGUGGCCAACCCAUGUCCAGCAGGGUGUGUGUGUGUGGGGGGGGGGGUCUGCUGGGGGUGCUCAGCCCUUCCCUGGCCAUCCUGCAGCUGAGUAAAUAAGCGAGGGGAACACAAAGCUGCCCUCCUGCCCCUCUGUGGGCACCAUGCCUGUGUGGAGCAGGAGUGCUGCAGCUAGCCCUGGGGCUAGUAAAAGCCAUGAUGGGUCAUGGCUGUGGGCCACUGAGAAGCUCUGUGCUAAGGGAUUUGAGCCCUUGGGGGGAGAGCCUCUGCCCACCCCCCACCCCCCACCGUGGAAAUAAAGCUGCACUGUGCUAACCCCA